AUGUCGGUGCCAUUGUGUCGUUGUAGAGUGCUCUACAUUGGAAGCGCGGUCCCAACAAUCACCAAGGAUGGGCUUCAGGGGAUUCAGCAGCCUCUGAAAGAGAAGUACAUUGGCGAGAAUGGCGCCGAACUCAAAGGAAUCGACGCGUGGCUCUCGGUUUGGUCCAAUGGAAUUCUCUUGGAGUACAUUGAUGGCAGCAAGACGGUUGAACAUGCGUUUCAUCCCAUUCAGAGCCUUCAUUAUUGCGCUGCAGUCAGAUAUGUUCAGGUUAGUUGACUAGUACAAGAAAAUUUCAAUUUUCAAUGAGGUAUUUUCAGUCUGUCGGGAAAAUAAUGAGCAGAAUGGCGCUUCGCCGUUCGCCUUGCUGAAGGGAAAAGAAAUUUGAUUUUGCCGCGACACAAUUCAUUUUCUCGGCGGCGAUGCGAUUUUCAAUGCGACAGAGUGCUCAUUAUUUUCCCGACAAACUGAUGUUUCAAAAAAUUUAUUUUUCUCAAUCAGAUACUAACAAGAAAAGUACCCCCAAGUGCGACGCUCAGAAUUUUCUUUUCUUUAAAUUUUGCGCACACUUUGGGCACAGUCGACACACAAGUUCCUGAAAAUUUUAACUCGCCCUUUCCAGUCGCAGUCGAGAUAUUCAACGAUAAUUGCAGCCGAGAGAGUGCGCGAAAUGAAGAGAGCGGUUAGAGAGAAACACACUUUUUGUCCAUAUGCUUGGUAGUUUUGCGCGGAAUAAAAAAAUUGUCUUUUGUGAAAACAUUACCCUCUACGUUAGAAAAGGCAGGCAACUUUUCAUGUCAAAAUUCGCAAAAAAAGUGUCAUAUUUUUGCCGUCUUUCGAGCUUAAAAUCUCGGUCGUUUCAAUAAAAUGCGCUCUAGGAUUCUCACAUGUAUCAUGGAAGGAAAUAUUCUAAAUUUGUCUCAAAUUUCAUGAAAAUCUGACCAUCGCACUUGGAGUACUUCCCUUGUCCGUUUCACAUACAUUUUGAGUGCUUUUUAUAGAUUUAUCCUCUUUUCUUCGACCGUUUUGUACUUUCUUAUGUCAUCAUUUACAGGUGAAUGCCUUCACGCUCGGAGCCGAAGGUCGUUUUCUGCCAUUGGACGCGCCAAUGGCCCAACCCCACGCCAAUCCCAAUAAUCCAUCGCAUCCGCCGAUUUUCGCUGCCAUUUUCCGUCGACAGACUGGUGUCAAGGUAGGUUUCAAUCCUCUCAAUUAUUACACAAAUUCCUUAUAUUUACAUAUACAUAUGUAUAUAGGUUCUUGAAUGUCACGGCUUUAUCUGCACCAGUGAGCGAGCGGCGAACGCUCUGGUCCGCAGCUGCUUCCAUUCGUACGCUGACACCACUUACAUGCGGUUGAAUGAUCGUCGCGCCAAGGACCGAAGCCGCAGUGAGUCUCCGUUGGAGAGUGAGCAGCAGGCCAGCGAAAUGGAGCCCUUAGGGGAUGAGCAGCCAAAGGACGAUCAAGAAUGGCAAGAUCGCGCAAUUGACCGGAAAACAUGGCAGUGGAGACAGCAGAAGGGCGGAGAAUACGACACCAGCAGCAUGGUGUCGUCGUUGUAUGUGAAGCGAACGCCGAAGAAGAGCAAAAAGUUGGACACUCAAAGCGAGGUGUACGAACAUGGUAAGCGGGGGCCUUUUUAGGACAAAUUCUCAUUUUUUCUACGCAAUAAUGGAUAGUAAUCCAAGAAAUCUCCUUCAGAAACCGCAGUGGUCCCAUUCACCACCCAGCAACGCCGCGCCGGCUCCCAAACCGAUGUGCGCGUCAAUGGCGUCCAACAAGAAGAGACCUACUACACCUUUUCCGGCGGUCCUCCCGGCGCAACGUUUGUCCCACCGCCGCCAGGUGGCCAACCUCCUCCACCCGCCCAUCCAACACCGUCGUCCGCACGCCGAGGCCCGCGAAUGGCCGCCUAUCCGCCGCCAUUCCCUCCGCCGCACUUCAUGAAACCGCAUCAUCUCCCGCCGCACAUGUUCCCCUUCCCUCCGCCGCCUCCGCACUUCAUGAUGCCUCCGCCGCAUCGCCCCACCAGCAUGCCUCCGCCGCACUUGAGGUUCGGGUUCGCGCCGCCGCCGCCGCCCAUGUUCCCCGGCUUCUUCCCACCGCCGCCGCCGCACUUCUACGGGCAGCGGCCGCGGUCGCCGGUCGCGGGCGAUGGCCCUAUUAUCACGGAGGCAAUCUACGACACGUAUCCGCGGCGUCACUUCGAAGAACCGAUCUACGGCCCUCCGAAUGGAGCGGUACCCGGUCAGAACGUGUAUCGUGGAAGGGCGGCGUCGCCCAGCCAGCAGUAUUACGAGGGCUAUUACGACACCUACAAGAGCCGGCAAAAGAAGGAGAGCGACUCGGACACAAGCGUGGACGAUUCCCAGUUCUGGGAGGCGUAUGAGGCGGGCGCAUACAAGAAGCCGGCGCCGAAGAGUGAGACGCUGACUCGUCGAACAGGCGUUGACAAGUCUCCAGCGCCCUCACGAGUGCACGGAGUUCAACAGAGCACCGACUCGGCCACGCCGAUUGGCCAACGCCGCAAUAAGGAGUUCACGCCGCAGGCGAAUCGCAGGACCCGUCCGAUCACACCACCGGCGGAUUACGAGAGGAAUAGUGUUCUCAUAGAGUCGGGGACCCAAGUUCGACAAGCCGCCGUAUUCUAA